AUGUCUUCGUCGCCUUCUUUUGCAGCACGGCGCGCCGCCCGCAGCGGUUCAACCUCGACCUCCCAUACCCCUCUCUCCCUCGAUCUCUCCAGCCUUCCACCACUCUCGCAGCCUUCUCCGCCCUCAAAUACUCUCCUCAUAACGGACCUGCAGAACUUGAAACUCUUCCAGCCAGAUUCUCUUGCGCAGAUCAAAUCCCACAUCACUACCGUCGCUCCGCUCAACUCAUUCUCCCCGCUCCCGUCCCUCCGACGUAUAGUCUGUUCUUUCCACACAAUCGACGCAGCCAUCCAGACUCGCCAAUCCCUCGAGAAUUCGGCAGUCCUAGGCCACAAUGUCCGUCCAAGGAUCUAUUUUGGUGAACACACGCCGGUGGAAGACGUCGAACAGGUGAAGAAAAGAAAACUCCUCGAGGCGCCCCAUCCAGACAAGUUGUUCUUUAUCAGCCCCCCUCCGAGUCCACCUCACGGUUGGAUCUUACGCAACGAAGAGCCUCCAAACAAGGAAGUUCACGCUGCAGAUUUGGCAGACGCUUUGAGUAGAUUGGGAAGAUCCCACAGUUCUCCCGUCAUGCCUGAGACACCGGGGUCGAUGGCCGAUGUGUCAAUGCACGACGUUGCCCACGAGAGCUUUCGAACAUCGUCAAAGGCCAUGCCGUUUACAUUGCAGCAGCGGAGUCGAAGCAGCACUCUAAUCUACCAUCCAGAGGAUCACGGGAGCAGCCCGCAUCUACCCGCUGUCAUGGUGGAAGACACCACCAUUGACGCCGAUGAACUAGACUCGGAGAUGGAGAUCAGCCCUAUCGAGGCUUCACGAAGAAUAUUGGCACAUACUUCGCGGCCACCUGUGGAGCUCAUGCACUAG